UUCGACAUUUGAAACGUAUCUAUUUAUGAAAUGCAUUUUGCAAAAAAAAUCGACAAACAGAAUCUUAUAUAAUUAUUUCCUAUCAAAUAUUGUGUCCGAGAUGUGCCUACAAACAUACCAUUAACAAGUUUAUAUAUGUUACUGUGUAAUGUUAAAAUAAAUGAAAACUUAACAAAGAUGGUUUCGACCAUUUCCACGCUGAAUCUCAGAGAAAAAUACAAUAAAGUUAGAAGAAACUUUUGUUUUUAUUUGGAUAUCCAAGAUCAAGGACUUGCAAGAUCUAUAUCACGAAGAAUACAAGACAUGGGUAUGCAACAAGAGGUGUUCCUAACGUCGCGCGUGACUCACGUGGUCCGGGAGGCAGAGGGCGAGGUCGCGGCGCGAUGCUGGCGGCGCGGCCCUGACGCGGCCCGCGCGCGCGCUGAUGCCAUGCUGCAGAGGGUGCGUCCACACCCUCACCCGCCUCCUGCGCACUGCUCCAACUACAUACUGCUCACAGUACACAAGGCUAUAAAUCUAUUGGAUAAACUGUAUGACACAUUCUUCACGGCGCCGCGCAAAGCGCAUGUCAGGUUCUUCACUAAACCUUUUAUCAAGAUUGAAUUUUUGGACAAAGUGUGUAGACCUGUUUUCAAGGAGUUUGAUGAAUGGCCUGAGAUAUCAAUAGAGCCAGACCCGCCCAAAGAAAAGAAAGAAACUAUAGAGUCAACUACAACACUAGUAAAUAAUAACAGCCAUCUUAAAGCUGUAAGUCAAAAAAUGACAAGAAAAAGUCGACCACGUAUCAAAGAGAGAGAAGAGAAGGAGACCAAAGGAGGUUACUGUGAAAUUUGUAACACGGAUUACGUAGAUGCUGCUUUGCAUCGACGAUCGCCACAUCAUUUGGCAUUCGUCAGAGAUCACACCAAUUUCCUAGCUUUAGAUUCCUUGAUCAGUUCCAGUACAGACGUCACUACAUUCCUUGACAAAGCAACGCCGAUUAAUGGCGAAAGGAGAUCCUUGCGAAAAAUAUGCAAUGGGGACAUGGAACAGCCAAAGAAUAGGCGUUCAAAACGAUCUCAAACACCUGAUUCAAAUACAAAUGGAAACCAAAGUCCUAGACGCAAUGGAGGCUUGGAUGAUGAAAGGAAACACAAUACGAGAUGUAGUAAAAGAUACAGUGAUGCGCAUGCGGAAGAUCGACAGUACUACAAAGUUGUUGGUGUAAGCACGAAGCUAAGGUCUAGUGGUGGGUUUGCAAACAAAAGGAAGGAUUCACCACCUAAUUGUAAUGGUGCCAAACCUCUGGUUGUGAAAUUUAGAAAAGUCAGAAGAUCAGAGUUGUCGGUGUUAAGCGACGAGGCUGAACAAUUUAUGUUUCCAAAGCGCGCUAGUUCAACGAGCUCGACGUCAUCAGAUGAUGAUGAUAAAGUUCUAGCUCCCAAACGGAGAACUCCGCCUCAACCGCCACCACAGCCCACACCCACAUCUGAGAGGCGAAGGCUAGCGCGACCGUUAGCAUUAAAAGAAGAAUCAUCUGAAGAAGAUAGUUGGCCAGAAGAUAAGAGGAGGCGUAAAAGAAAAGCGCCUGUUGUACCAAGAAGAGGUAGAAGAGUGCCUGGCAAAGCGGCAGCACCACCCUCUGUUGAACUUCCAGAAGAACAAAUACCUCCAGUUGCUGCUGAGUCAGCUCGGGCUGGUAAUCAACCUGAUGGUGGAGUUGUGAGCCCUUUAAGGGAAGAACCUACAGAGAAAUGUAUGAAAUGGGAGGAUGGUAGACUGAAAUACACUCCAGCUGUGGAACAAUUGGAAUUUGCAUUUGAAUCUGUUCCACACAGCGAGCCUUGGUUUGAAACAUUCAAACGUCAAGAUCAAGAUAAAGUUCUUGUCAAAAAUAUUCCACAAUAUUUUGCAUUAUAUUCAAAGUCACCAAAGUUACCCUAUGAAAUUGGCCAAUUACCACCUUUAAAACCUAACUGCUGUUCAUUAAGUGAUCUCGUUAAACGAGAAGAUAAACCAGGACCCUCAAGGUCAUAUGGAACUAGAGGAAUGAAAAAACAAAGAAUACGAAAACGCACAGCGGCAAUUUUAGCUUUAGAGGGUCAUCCAAGAAAAUCGCCCAGAGAACACGCGUCCACAUUAGCUAUAUUGGGCUCUGCUGGAUUGUUACACAGGCGAAGGCAUCCCGAUGAUACGAAAUCGACAGCAUCAGAAGACACGGUUAGUGAUAUACAAAACAACUUGAAAGUAGAGCCAGUUUUGUCAGAGACACAAGAAGCUUCAGAGAGACUUCAACAGUUUUUGUCUGAAGUCUUCGAGGAUGCAGCCGAUUUUGAGGUGUCAGACGAGCUUAUGGAGGGCGAAACUAUGGUUACCACAUCUACCAAUAUUCCUGAUGUGUCCAGUCUAGUACUCGAAUGUCAAGAUUGUGAUAUAAUUAGGAACGAAAUCAAAGAGAGAGAGGUAGACCGAACGAGAUCGAGACGAGGCAGGUUCAAGAAGAAGAACAGAACAGGGUGGCCCAACAAAAAGAAACAAAUAAAGAAAUCUUCCAGAGGGAACAGUCUGGACGCUGAAAGGAAAACGGACAGUAGUUUAGAUAGGUCGUCGGCGGAACCGCCCGACGACGAGACCACUCAGGACACGCUCAGCGAGGAGGACCCAAAUAUGUCGGAGACGGAGAGAGAUGAAACUAUGUUAACAGAGGACAAGUCUAAGUCGGGAGACGAGAACGACGAGACCCUAUUGGGAGAUAAAAUGAAAUCGGAAGACGAGUCGCAGGACAAGUUUGAAGACAUGGAUGUAGACUCGUCUCACAAUAAGUCCACGCAGCUAGACUUAAAACUGCUUCUCCGGGACGAGAAGCCGAAAGGCAAUAAGGGUGUGGAAAAAGACGAGAAGCGAACGUCGCGCUCGGUAUUUGAGGAUGAGAAGGAGGUUCGGAAACGGAAACGCGGGCUGCAGGGGCUCGGCGGCUGGCUGCAGCCCGUCGUGAGGGUGGCGCGGGUGGACCCCGGGGCGGCGCGGCGGCUGCGGUCGGCCGCCCCCGCCUCCCCCGCCUCCCCCGCCGCCCCCGCCGCCCCCGCCGCAGCCCCCGCCGCCCCCCACGCGCCCUCGCGCCGAACCAGCCGCCCACGGUAGCCUCCGGCCCCCGCUAUACCCAAAUGAGCACUGUGCUUAUCGUUAAUAUUUAUUUUGUACAUAGCGUCUCAAUUUUUACGUUAAUAUAUAUCAUAUCCAAAUUAACUGAACGGACCAUUCGUUGUGCGCGAUGUAACGAAAGAUCAGUAUUUAAGAUUUUGUUAUAGAAAGAGUAAUAUAUCUCGAGGGUGUAAAUAGUACGUUAAUAUUUAGAUAUAGUGACGGACGGCAUGUCGUGUGUGCGAGUGCAGUGCAUUUAGAUGUUGCGAGCUUAGUUUGUAUAUAAACGUUAAUGUAUGCUUAGUGAGUACCGUACUUUUAUUUCUAUGAGAUGGAAUUUGUGUCGUAUAAAGUUUCAUCUUAAAAAACUGUAUAAAUGAUUAUUCUAA